AUGGCAACGGCUACGAUGAGGAGAAAAAGGAAGAUUGCGACGAAAGUGAAUAGAACAAGAUCUAGAAGGAAAAUAUACGCGUCGAAAACUGACGAUCAGGACUACGACGACGACGACAAAGAGCAUGAUUUUAUGGACGACGAUAAUAAGAACAAUGACACGGGAGACGACGAAGACAAAGAAACGACGGAAAGGACAAUGACGACGAAAAAGAAAAUGGCAACGACGGUGACAUAA